AUGGCGCUGCUACUUGCCACGAUCACAUUGUCAGCAUGUUCUGCUCCGGUAGAGCAGGAGACUGAAAUCAGCCAGACGCCGGAACCGGCGCCUGCCGCCGAUGCACCGCCGGUGGCGCCUCGCUUUGGUGGCGUCCAACUGACCAUCCCGAACGAGGUCAUUACCGCGGAGCCCCGUGAGAAUGCCCGACGCAAUGCCUAUUUCGGUGACCUCCACGUGCACACGGACUAUUCCUUUGACGCUUAUGCAUUCGGCACAGUCGCGACCCCCUACGAUGCUUAUCGCUAUGCUCAGGGUGAAGCGAUUGCCCACCCCGCUGGUUUCGAUAUGCAGCUGCGCCAGCCGCUGGAUUUUUAUGCAGUAACAGACCAUGCGAUGUUCCUUGGCGCGGUAAAGGCUGCGGCAGAUAGGAGCACUGCCUUUUCCAAGUUUCCACACGUGCAGGACCUGCAUGACCUUAAUGACCCGUCCAAUCUGAAUCUGGAAAGCCUUCCUCAACGGAUAAAAGCGUUUAGUGGUUUCCUUCCAGAUACGCUAAGCCGGGUGGCCAGUGGCGACAUCGACAUUGAACUGGUGAACGCCAUUGCGAAGUCUGCCUGGGCGGACAUCAUCAGGGCGGCGCAAACGCACAAUCGACCUGGCGAGUUCACCACCUUCGUGGCUUACGAAUAUACUUCAUCUACCGACGACCGGGGACUGUGGGACUGGAUGGAUGGCCUGCGUAGUCAGGGCAUAGAGUCGCUGGCCAUUCCACAUAACUCCAAUGGCUCCAACGGGCAGAUGUUCAAGAUGGUGGAUUGGGCAGGGAAUCCGAUGGAUGACAGCUAUGCUCAGCAGCGACUGCGCAACGAACCCUUGGUUGAAAUUACACAGGUGAAGGGCACAUCGGAAACACACCCGGCAUUGUCAGAUAACGAUGAGUGGGCGAAUUUCGAAAUCAUGCCCUACCGGAUCGCCACAACGCUGUACAGUGAACCGCGGGGUUCCUAUGCGCGGGAUGCACUGCUAAAUGGCCUGACGCUGCAGGACCAGGGUGUCGCUAAUGCCUAUCAAUUUGGUUUUGUGGGUGCUUCUGACACCCAUACUGGCGCUGCAUCUCUGGAUGAAGAUAACUUCUUUUCCAAAACCGGUCUGUUGGAUGCCGAUGGCGGUCGCAGGGGCAGCAUUCCACUUUCCGCUGGUGAUGCUGAAAUCAUCAAAGCAGCAGGGCGAGUAGAAGUAAAAGAAAUAGAUGGGGGGACCUAUGCUUCGGGGGCCUAUGAAACCUGGGGCGCUUCUGGUUUGACCGGCGUAUGGGCGGAAGAGAAUACCCGCGGGGCGAUCUAUGAUGCCUUUCGUCGCAAAGAAACCUUUGCAACUUCAGGUCCCAGAUUGCAGGCGCGUUUAUUCGCCGGCUUCGACUUCGAUGAUGAACUGUUGGCAUCAUCUGAUCGCUACGAACAAGCAUACGCACGCGGCGUAAGCAUGGGUUCUGAACUGCAUGCUAAAGCAGAUCGGCCUCCUGUAUUUUUAGCCUGGGCUGCACGUGAUGCAACUUCGGCAGCACUGCAACGUCUGCAGAUUGUCAAAGGCUGGACUAUAGAGGGUGAACAUCACGAGUUUGUGUAUGAUGUGGCGUGCUCAGAUGGCGGUGAGGUAGAUCCUAAUACUCACCGUUGUCCAGACAAUGGGGCGGGCGUUGAUCUGACAGAUUGCUCCAUCACUCAAGAUGUUGGUGCCGGGGAAUUACAGGCGGUGUGGACAGAUUCUGACUACAAUCCUGCACAUCGUGCAUUCUAUUAUGUGCGUGCUCUUGAAAAUCCAACCUGCAGAUGGUCGACCUGGGAUGCAGUGCGGGCUGGUGUUGCGCCUCGUUCAGAUCUGCAUAAGACCAUACAAGAGCGGGAGAGAUACAAGAUGCAGAAAGCCAUACGAAACAGGCUGCUGGCGGGAACAGUUGCAUGCCUGGCGAUGUGCUUUGGUAUCCAAAGUGCAUCCGGCGAAACACCCGAGCGGAACGCUUAUUUUGGCGACACGCAUAUUCAUACCAUGUACUCCUUCGACGCCUUUAUGGGCAGCGUGCGCACCACGCCAGACCACGCCUACCGCUACGCUAAGGGUGAGCCUAUCGAUCAUCCUGCGGGCAUGAAGCUCAGGAUAAGCGGGCCGCCUCUGGAUUUUCUGAUGGUCUCUGAUCAUGCUAAAUAUCUAGGCGUGUUUGCAGCUCAGAUCGAUCCGCAGGCGCCGUAUUAUGGUCACCCCGAUGCACAGGAUCUUGUGCCUAAAGGCUCGCCUUUGGACUCUACCGUAAAACGGCUCCGCGAGCUCGAAGCCGAAGGGCAUAGAUUCAUGGGUGCGCCCGUGUGGGAAUACGCGUGGCAGAAAAUCAUUGAGGCGGCUCAACGACACAAUGAUCCCGGCACGUUCACUACUUUCAUUGGAUAUGAGUACACGCCGACACCCGGUAGCCGCCAUCUGCAUCGUAACGUUGUGUUUCGCGGCAGUCGCGUACCAGAUCGUCCGUUCAGUUCAGGGGAUUCGAUGGAUCCGGAAGAUUUGUGGAACUGGUUGGAUGGGCUGCGUGCAGACGGCAUUGAGGCACUGGCGAUACCACACAAUAUGAACCAGAGUGAUGGCCUGGCGUAUCAAGGGGUUACCUUCAAAGGAGCGCCCAUCGAUCGGGCCUAUGCUGAAAAGCGCAUGCGCAAUGAACCCAUUGCCGAGAUCAGCCAGCAGAAAGGCACCUCGGAAACUCAUCCUUCGCUUUCGCCUAACGAUGAGUGGGCUGACUUUCAGAUCGUGCAGUAUUAUCUGAACCGGACUGAGAACAAGAACCCCAUCUCGGUUUUUAAGGGGGGCUAUUAUCGAGAUGCAUUGAACACGGGUCUAGAGUUUCAGGCGCGUAGCGGCUUCAACCCGUAUCAACAGGGUGUGAUUGGCGCCAGCGAUACCCAUUUAUCUGCCGGGCCUUUCGAGGAGGACAAUUACUUCAGCGGUGGUCCUAACGAUGCGGUCUCGCGCGGGUCGGCCUAUCCGGACGCGGGCGAUGCGAACGCGUCCUGGGAAGACUUCUGGACACCCCGCUCGGCUACCCAUGGCACGGGUGGAUUGGCCGGCGUCUGGGCCGAGGAGAAUACGCGCGACUCUCUCUACGACGCUAUGCGCCGUAAGGAGACGUUUGCUACUUCUGGCCCACGCAUACGAGUACGCCUUUUUGGUGGUGAUUUGCCCGCGAACGUCGCCGAUUUAGCAGAUCCGAUCCAAGCCUCAUACGCCAACGGUGUCGCCAUGGGCGGCAUGUUGGACGCGCCAUCGAAACAGGCACCAAGAUUCCUGGUGUGGGCGACAAGAGAUCCCAACGCUGGAUGGUUGCAGCGUGCUCAGAUCAUCAAAGGCUGGGUGGAGGAGGGCGAAGCGAAGGAAGCGGUGUUUGACGUGGCUUGCUCAGACGGCCUGUCACCGGAUCCCGAUACACACCGUUGUCCAGACAAUGGUGCAAGAGUGAAUCUGGCCGACUGCAGUGUCAGUAGCGACACGGGUGCGGUGAUGUUGAAAGAAACCUGGAAAGAUCCCAACUUCGAUCCUGACCAGCAAGCUUACUACUACGUCCGCGUGCUGGAGAAUCCGAGCUGCCGUUGGUCCACCUGGGAUGCGAUCCGCCUUGGCAUCGAGCCGAACCCCAACCUGCCCGCGGUCCACCAGGAGCGGGCCUGGUCUUCACCGAUCUGGCCUCUAUGUAACGGCACUUGCCUGCUGCUUCUUGUGCUCGGUCGUGACGCACCACUGUACGCGCACAUUGCGUCGCCUGAUGUCCAUGUGCGCGAAGACCUCCAACAAAUCGUGAUGUAUCUGCAUGGCAGAGAUGAAGGCAAACAGCUCACUCGCCUGGCCGUUUCUGGAGAUGGCAUUCAUUUCGAGGGUAAGUCAGAGGUGUUGGGUCGCCCUUAUUUUCGGGUGAUCAAUCAUGAGGGCUACUACUACGCUAUGAGUAUGCCCGGUUAUCUGUAUCGCUCGCAAAAUGGCUUGAGCGAGUAUGAAGCCGGACCACGUUUCUUUUCAGAUGACAUGCGCCACUCGGCGUUGUUGAUUCGCGAUGGCUUGCUGCAUGUUUUUUACACUCAGAGGGGCGAUGCGCCUGAACGCAUUCUGCUUGCAACAAUUGAUAUGGCCGGCGACUGGCUGAAAUGGCAGGCCUCAGCGCCGAUCGAAGUUCUGCGCCCCGAGACUGUUUGGGAAGGUGCUAACCUGCCUAUUGAAGCUUCGCGCGCUGGGUAUGUGAAUGUGCCAGUCAACCAAUUGCGGGACCCGGCUGUCUACCAGGAGAAUGGGGAAAGCUAUUUGUUGUAUGCCGUAGCCGGUGAAGGCGAUUUUAGGGACCAAGAGCUGAUGGCCUGGUAUAAAGAUCCAUUGCUCUUUUUUCUGCUGGUCGGCACCGUCAUUUUCGCGUUCUCUCAGUGGGCUUCGCAAAAAGAUGGUGAGUACAACAUUGUCGUUGGCGAAGCAGACAUUCAGCGCCUGAAAGACCAGUGGUCCAUGCAGAUGCGACGGCCGCCGAACAGCCAGGAACUGAAAGGUCUGGUCGAUCAGUUUAUCAAAGAAGAAAUUUACUAUAGAGAAGCUAUGCGUUUGGGGCUGGACGCAAACGAUACUAUUGUGCGGCGACGCAUGGUGCAGAAGCUGACCUUUCUGACCGAGGACAUCGCCACCUCAGGGGCGUUCACUGAAGAGGCGCUGCGAGCCUUCUAUCAGGACAACCUGAGCACCUACCGGCUGGCUGAUCAGUACAGUUUCAAACAUCGAUAUUUUUCCGAAGACCGGCGCGAUAACGCCCGGGUAGAUGCUGCAGCCGCGCUUGCGGACAGUACAAUUACAGGUGACCCAUUUAUGCUGCAACGGCAAUACGCGCUGCGUUCUGAGCGCGAAAUUGGUGAUCUGUUUGGGCGCGAGUUUGCAGCAAGCCUGGUUAAUAUGCAGCCGCAGGAUAUUUGGCAGGGGCCAAUUCAGUCCGCCUACGGCUGGCACGUGAUCCUUCUGACUGACAAAAGGCAGCGCGCGAUGAUGCCAACACUCGCUAUUUUGAAGAACUGCGAGCGCAAUACAACAUUGUUUAUGCUGAUCCAGUCCCUUAAGCGCUGCUGCUUUUUGCUGAUCCUGACCUGUGUGCCUCUCAGCGUUGGGGCAGAUGAGAUACGUCCCGCGUUUUUGCAGAUCACGGAACAAGUUGAUACCGACGGCCGCCAUUGGUUUAGCGUGUUAUGGAAACAGCCCGCGGUGCAGAAUGGACGCCUCGCCAUUACGCCAGUUUUCCCCACCGAUUGUGAGCUGCGGGAAGAAUCGCCACCCGAAGUUACCUCGACAGCUUUUAUCCAACGCUGGCAAACUGACUGUGAUCUAAGCUCAGCUUCCAUACAUAUCGACGGUUUAUCGAUGACGCUGACGGACGUGAUGGUGCACUACAACGACAUAGACGGUAGCACAAACAAUUACGUCCUGCGGCCUGAAAACCCAACACUCAAUCUUGCCACGGAUACACCAGGUACGCUGUCCUAUCUGUGGAUAGGUGUUGAACAUCUGAUUUUUGGUAUUGAUCAUGUGCUGUUUGUGAUUGGCCUGGUGUUGUUCAUCCGCGCGCCAUGGGCGUUGUUAAAAACGGUCACAGCGUUCACCGUUGCGCAUUCCAUUACCCUGGCACUGUCGGUGUUGGGCUGGGUUAAAAUAGAUCAGGGCCCAGUUGAAGCGAUCAUUGCGCUGUCAAUAUUAUUUCUAGCACGGGAGCUAGUAGAGGAGCCCGACAAACGCUCGCGACUGACAGUUGCCAAUCCCUGGAUCAUGGCUUUUAUUUUUGGUCUUCUGCAUGGUUUGGGUUUCGCUGGCGCGUUGAGCGAUGUCGGCUUGCCGGAGGAAGGCUUAUGGUUGGCACUCUUGUUAUUCAAUGUUGGCAUCGAACUGGUCCAAGCGCAAGAUCAAGCGCCUGUACCCGUGCGCAAUCAGGUUGCUGAGACAACUGGCACCCCGAUUACGACCAUGCGCCAUUGGAAGAUAAAGAAGGAUAGCUUCCCCCAGUUUCUGCACGCGAGCCAGACCGGGGUGUGGCCUUACUUUGAAAAGAUUGGCGCCCGUGUGGUCGGCAUGUGGCAAGUCAUCAAUGUAAAACCGGACGAUAAAAGUGGCGGUAUGGAGAAUUCAGGUUUUACGGUGCACCAGAAUAAUGGUCUUGAAUACGACGAGGCAAUAUUGGUAACCCGGUACGCCAGCGUUGAGCAUUGGCAAGCAACUCGUGACGCCGUUGCUCUCGGUGGGGAUGGACCUGACUACGCAGCGCUGGUUGCGGCACUCAGCACCCGGCGCGACCUCACCCUGGAAACCUCAGCGUUAGCCGUUAGCUCGACCGGUAUCACUAAUCAUCUGAUUGAUUUCUUCGAUCGGAAAAUUCGGCGUUCUAUCGAAGCAGAGUAG